ACCCAAAGCCGGACGGUACCAUUCCCCAGGGGAAGGCAGCCACCACCGAGCCACCAUCGGUGCUGCCAGCAGUGCCUUUCAGAGGAGCGGUGGCUGCCCUUCUCGACGGCAGCUCCUCACCACUCGGCACGACUCCUCAUCCUCCCAAGGACCAUCAGCUCUUCUCCUUGCUCUGCAAGCCGGGGCCGGAGCGGGUCUGCUCCCCUCCGCAGCGGACAGUUUACCUUGGGUCAGCUGGUUAAAGCAGCUGGAUACACAAUCAAUUGCUCUCUGGUAUUUCCAAACUCGCCUCUUAACCUGCUGAACCGGGGUCUGGCGCGCAACUCCUUGCCACCAUGAAAACAAUUAUUGCAGCCUGUUCCCAAAAUCUUAGCGGUAGCCGCGCCAGCAUCCAGACCGCCCUGCGCACCCUGCUCGCAGCACGCUGGCCCUCGCAGCGGGACGUCCGCUCCUGGCUCCAGCUCCUCUCUGUCCUGCAGUGGGUGCUCAGCUUUCUGCUGCUGGGAACCGUCAGCCUGCUGAUCCUCAUCUACCUGGUGUUCACCAGCUUCUGGCCCAUCUCGGCGCUCUACCUGGCUUGGAUCAUCUUCGACUGGGACACGCCGGAGAAAGGUGGCAGGAGGCUGCCGUGCCUGCGGCGAUGGCCUGUGUGGAGGCACUUUCGGGAUUAUUUCCCCGUGAAGCUGGUGAAGACACACGACCUGUCCCCCAGCCACAACUACAUCAUCGGCUCCCACCCCCACGGCAUCCUCUGCGUCGGCGCCUUCUGCAACUUCAUCACGGGCUCGACGGGCUUCGGGGAGAUGUUCCCGGGCAUCCGGCCCUUCCUCACCACCCUGGCCGGCAACUUCCGCCUGCCCGUCUUCAGGGAGUACCUGAUGAGCGGGGGCCUGUGCCCGGUGACACGUCGUGCCAUCGGGUACCUGCUGUCCAAGAAUGGCACCGGCAACGCGGUGGCCAUCGUCAUCGGCGGCGCGGCCGAGUCGCUCUCCUGCCGUCCCGGCGUCACCACGCUCGUCCUGAAGAAACGCAAGGGCUUCGUCCGCAUGGCCCUGCAGCACGGGGCCUACCUCGUCCCCUCCUUCUCCUUUGGGGAGAAUGACCUUUUCCGCCAGGUGGUCUUUGAGGAGGGCAGCUGGAUGAGGAGCAUCCAGCAGCGCUUCCAGAAGAUGAUGGGCUUCGCUCCCUGCGUCUUCUAUGGCCGGGGUCUCACCUCCGUCCACUCCUGGGGCUUCCUCCCCUACGCCAGACCCAUCACCACUGUGGUGGGGGAGCCAGUGAUGGUGCCCAAGAUCGAGGACCCAAGCUCUGAGAUAGUGGACAUGUACCAUGAGAUGUACAUCCGCUCCCUGCUCAAGCUCUUCAACGAGAACAAGACCAAGUAUGGGCUGUCAGAGACGGACGAGCUGCACAUCCUCUGAGCACGGCCGGCGCCGGCGGCCAGAUCCUGACUCACAAGGGCAGCCGGCUCUUGCGGGUGGGGAUUUCAGCCGGCCCGGCAUGGGGGAAACACGGGGGACGGUCCCCGCUCCAGCCCUCUGCUCCUCCAGCUGAAAAACCUGAGCGGGAGGUGGGAGGAAAGGAAGAAGCAAGGGGAGAGGGAGAUUGGGAAAGGGUCCCCCUUGAAAGGGGUUCGAAGGGGCUGCAGGUGACACAGCUGGCCCCAAGGACACGGGGAUGAUGUGGGGGGGCCUGGCGUGAGGCUGGGGUCCAGCGAUGGGCACGGUCCCCCCAGGAUAACCAGGGCACCAU